AUGGAGGACGAAAAAGAAGAAGAAGAAGAAGAAGAAGAAGAGGACGCGUGGCUGAGGGUGAGAGACGAAAAAGAACGAAGAAGAAGAAGAAAAGAAGAAAAGAAGCAGUGGCUGAAGGGAAGAAAAAGAAUAAGAAAGAAGAAGAAGAAGAAGAAAAAGCAGUGGCUGAAGGGUGAAGAAGAAAAACGAAAAAGAAGAAAAAGAAGAAUAAGAAGCCAGAAGAAGAAGCAGUGGCUGCGGGUGAGGAGAAACGAAAAAGAAAGUAAGAGUGAAAUAAGAAGAAGAAGAAGAGAAGAAGAAGCAUGGCUGAAAAAGGGUGAAGAAGAACGAAAAGAGAAGAAGAAGAAGAAGAGAAGAAGAAGAAGAAGAAGAAGCAGUGGCCUGAAGGUGAAGAAGAACGAAAAAGAAAGGAAGAAGAAUAAGAAGAAGAAGAAGAAGAAGCAGUGGCUUGAGGAGACGAAAAAGAAGAAGAAGAAUAAUAAGAAGAAAGAAGAAGAAGGAAGCAAGUGGGUGAAAAAAGUGAAGAGCAGGGGAAAAAGAAGAAGAAAAAGAAUAAGACAAGAAGAAGAAGAAGAAGAAGCAGUGCUGAGGGUGAUAAGAACGAAAAAGAAGAAGAAGGAAAAGAAGAAGAAGAAGAAGAAAGAAGAAGCAGGUGCUGAGGUGAGAAGAAGGAAAAAAGAAGAAGAAGAAGAAUGUGUAGGAAAAGAAGAAAUAGAAGAAGAAGAAGAAGAAGAAGAAGGCAGUGGCUGUGGAAAAAGAGACGAAAAAGAAGAAGAAGAAAUAAGGAAGAAGAAGAAGAAGGAAGCAGUGGCUAAGAAGAAGUAA